AUCCUAGACCAGCUAGCUUUGAAAUUUAACUUCAAUUAUGAGAUUGUGUCCCCUUCCGACAAUGCCUACGGAAGUCUAGAGGAUGAUGGGACUUGGAAUGGAAUGGUUGGUAUGGUAAUGCGUAAUGAAGCAGAUUUUGCGGCAGGUCCUUUCACAAUAACAUCCGCCAGAGAAUCUGUGAUUGAUUUUACAACAACUUAUAUGGAAGAAGGAAUUGGAAUUCUCACAAUGAGACCAAAGGUAGAGGCUAAUAAAGAGUACAAAAUGUUCAAACCAUUGUCUGUAUCUGUCUGGGUAACGAUUGCUGUUGCUAUAGUUGUUGUUGGUGUAUUGGUGUACGUGAACAACAGAUACAGCUCGGAUACUACAGUUACCCAGACAGAAGACAAUGAACCUCACCAGAAUCCCCCAAAGCUGAGUUCGUCUAUGUGGCAUGUUUAUGGAUACUUUGUAGAACAAGGAGGAGAUGAACGACCACGAUCUUUAUCUGGCCGACUGAUAUUAAGUGUCUGGUGGAUCUUCACUAUUUUGAUGUUAGCGACAUACACAGCCAAUCUUGCUGCCUAUUUGACUGUGACAAUCAUCGAAUCACCUAUCAAUAGUCUCGAGGAACUUGCGAAUCAUAAUGACAUUCGACCCUUGAUAUUUUCCGGAUCAAAUCUUCAUACCUUGUUUCAGACUGCUAAAUCGUCGGUAUACAGACAGAUAUGGACUAAAAUGUCUGGUAUGCCAAUAGUUAAAGACAUAGAUACCACACUGAGCUACGUGCGUACCAAUGAGUAUGCAUUCAUGUCGGACUUUUCACUUCUGGAAUACAUCAUGUUACAAGACUGUCAGACAUACGCCAUGGCGGACGAAAAGUUCAACAAUGCAGGGUUUGGCUUUGUUCUCGAAGAAAACUCAAAAUAUUUGAAUGCAUUUAAUCUUGCAAUACUGAAGAUGAAUGAAGCAGGAUUAAUUGAAAAGUGGCGGAAACAAUGGUGGUCUCUGUCUGAUGAUUGUACAAGUUCAAAUAGAACUGGUUCUGCACGGUCGCUUGGAUUAGAUAAACAAGGUCAGUAUGCUAUGAUGCAUGAUGUAAGAAGUAAAAAUCCUGACUUAAAACUACUGUUAGCUGUUGGGGGAUGGAAUCAUGGUACUAAACCAUUUACCAGUAUGGUGGCAAACCAAGCAAAUUUAGAUGCAUUUGCUACAAAUUCAAUAAAAUUCCUUAGACAAAAUGGUUUUGAUGGUCUUGACUUAGAUUGGGAAUAUCCUGCCAACAGAGGGAGCCCUCCAGAGGACAGACAGAGAUUUACUUCUUUAGUUAAGACAUUACGAACAAAAUAUGACAGUGAAGAUUUAAGAAAUGGUAGUUCUCGUCUGUUGUUAACAGCAGCAGUGGCAGCCAGUAAGCCGGAAAUAGAGACUGCGUACGAAAUCAGCAAAAUAGCAGAGUAA